GGUUUUACCCGCCCUCCCUCGCCCUGUUGGAAAAUUAAAAUGUGUAUGUGACAAACGCUUAAGGGGUAUAAUUGAAACCAGUUUAGUAGGUUUGAGUCUUUAUGUUCCUUUCACUUAUUCGUGUAGCUGCUGGAUCGACACGCUCACUCUUAAACAUCGCAGUUGAUCUUUCUCUCAACCAUGUCGGCGGUACAACUCAUGGACUUUGAUGAGAGCACUGCUUUCUUGGGGGACUACGGCUUCUUUCAUGUUCUAAUGAUUGUUCUGCUCAGUUUAAGCGCUAUGCCGUGUGGGUACAUGAGGGUAAUAGUGGUUUUCGUCUCGGAUACACCCGAAUACCACUGCAAGUUAUCGAUCAACUCCACGCGUAACGGCACGGAUGUGGAGCGCGCAAGCAGCUGGAGUGAACCUAAUAGCUGUUCCCGUGACAAAGUGAACGGAAACGGGACAGAGACGGUAACCAGAAAUGACACAGAGCGAUGUGUUGAUGGAUGGGUGUUUAGCACGGAGAGAUAUACAUCUACUAUUGUGUCUGAGUGGGAUCUGGUGUGUGAAAAUGCAUGGAAGGUCCCUUUUUCCACCUCUUUGUACUUUGUAGGAGUCCUGAUAGGAUCCUUCAUAAGUGGUCACCUCUCAGACAGAUUCGGCAGAAAGCCGGUGUUUUUUGUCACCAUGUUCUUACAAGCAGCCAUUGCGUUGAUCCAGGCCACCUCCAUCAGCUGGGUCAUGUACUGUAUUCUCAACUGUAUGAGAGGAGCCAGCCAUAUGUCUAACUACACCUCAUCAAUUGUACUGGGCUCUGAGAUGCUGAGCAAGUCUGCCCGGGUCAGCUACACUCUGCUGGGUCACAGUAUGGGAUAUGGCCUCGGAUACGCCUUGUUGCCGCUCCUUGCCUACUUCAUACGAGGAUGGAGGAUGCUGCUGGUUGCUAGUGCCAUUCCCAGCCUCCUAUUUAUUCCAUCAUGGUGGGUGAUUCCUGAGUCUCCACGCUGGCUUUUGCAGAAGGGUCGGGUGGAGGAAGCUGAGCGUGUCAUACGUAAUGCUGCCAAACAGAACAGAGUCCCCGCCCCUGAGAUCAUAUUCAGGACGGAAGAAUGCUUGGAGCUAAUGCAAAAGAAAGAUGAAAAGGAGCAGACAUAUACUUAUAUGGACCUGUUUCGCACCCCUAACAUGAGGAAUGUUACAAUUCUAGGACUUUUCUUGUGGGUCUCUGUUGCCAUGGUCUUCUACGGUCUCUCUCUCAAUACAAGCAACCUGUAUGGAAAUGUUUACCUAAACUGCUUCCUCUCAGCACUCAUCGACAUUGGAGCAUACUUUACCACGUGGCUGAUGGUGAACCGUGCACCUCGUCCCACCGUCCUCUUUUCUGCUCUAAUGUCUUGUGGCAUCCUGCUCCUGGUCAUCCAGCUGGUCCCUGAAGACAUGCCUGUCAUGUUCCAGGUGUUGGCCUUGGUGGGGAAGAUGGGCAUGUCUGGUGCUUACAGCUUCAUUUAUGUGAUUUUCACUGAGCUGAUGCCCACCGUGGUCAGGAACAUGGGGUUCGGUAUCUUCACCACUGCUGCAAACAUUGGCACAAUCAUUAGUCCCUAUGUGAUCUACAGCGGUGUGCACAGCAAAAUCCUACCAUACAUUAUUUUUGGCACAAUUAGCAUUGUGGCUGCAGCUGUGAGCAUCCUGCUUCCAGACACCAGGAACAACAAACUUCCAGACCAUAUCAGCCAAGCCAAACCCAUCAGAAACUUCAGCUGUCAGAAGAAAACUCCUUCACCCCAGUCAACUGAAACUGAAGGCUGUAAAAAAGAAGAACAAUAGUGCCCUCUGCUGAAAGAAACACAACAAGACAAGAGCAAUCAGAAUGUUGUUUAUUAGCACAGAACACUUUUUUUCCUUUUUCCUUUUUGUCAUUGUAGAAAAGUGAUAAUUUUGAUACAUAAAACGUUCACAAGCUUUUAAACUGUAAAACCACUCAGCUACAUUUUUGGGGGGAAAAACAGACUUUCUAUUGUUGUUUUAUUCUGUCUCUUGUCCUGAAUACUACCUGCAUUUACUUUCUGUUGUAGUAGGUUGUAUGAACAUGCCACACAUGUAAAAAGAGUCUCUAACCAUGAAUGUAAAAAAAAAAACAGUUCAUGAAAAUGUUGUUGAACACACAAUAACUGUUUGAUAAUGUCCAAAAUUAAACUCUUAUGCCAUGAACCAAUGUCAACUAA